CAACCAGCAGGCUCCUGGUGGGCUUCAGAAAGUGGUACUAUAAUACAUGUGGUUUCAACAGACUUGGUUUGAUGCGGGAUGAUACCAUCAAUGAGGACUCCGAUGUUAAAGAAGCCAUUCAUCGGCUUCCAGAACCAGUUUACAAUGAUAGGAUGUUCCGCAUCAAGAGAGCUCUGGAUCUGUCAAUGAAGCAUCAGGUUCUUCCUAAGGACCAGUGGAUUAAAUAUGAGGAGGAUUUGCGUUACCUUGAGCCCUAUCUCGUUGAGGUUAUCUGUGAAAGGAGGGAAAGAGAGGAGUGGCAGAUUAAGUCAAAUGAAUGUGAAGUUAAAGCUCCUGUUUGGUGUGAUGUCUGGUGUCUUGUAUUUAAGAGAAUAUGUAUUUGUCCCAAUACCUAUUAAAGUUUCCUUUGACAGAAGUCUAUAAAUACCUGUUGUUCUUUUCUAUAAUGUUUUUAA